UGCCUUCAACAACAUCCUGAGUAACCUGGGCUACGUCAUGCUGGGGCUGCUGUUCCUCCUCAUCGUGCUACAGAAAGACAUUCUCCACAAGAGGGCGCUGGAGCGCAAAGAGCUGGCUGCACUGGAGUGUGGGAUCCCGAAGCACUUUGGUCUGUUCUACGCCAUGGGCACGGCUCUGAUGAUGGAGGGGCUGCUCAGUGCCUGCUACCACGUGUGCCCAAACUACACCAACUUCCAGUUCGACACCUCGUUCAUGUAUAUGAUCGCUGGGCUCUGCAUGCUGAAGCUCUAUGAGAAGAGACACCCCGAUAUCAAUGCCAGUGCCUACAGUGCCUACGCCUGCCUGGCCAUGGUCAUCUUCUUCUCUGUGCUGGGAGUGGUCUUUGGGAAAGGGAACUCUGUGUUCUGGAUCGUGUUCUCUGUCAUUCACAUCUUGGCCACCCUGCUGCUCAGCACUCAGCUUUACUACAUGGGCCGCUGGAAACUGGACUCUGGUAUCCUGCGCAGGAUCCUGUACGUUGUGUACACAGACUGUAUCCGGCAGUGCAGUGGACCCAUGUACAUUGACCGCAUGGUGCUGCUGGUGAUGGGGAACAUCGUCAACUGGUCCCUGGCAGCGUUCGGCCUGAUCGUUCGACCCAACGACUUUGCCUCCUACCUGCUGGCCAUCGGGAUCUGUAACCUGCUGCUGUACUUCGCCUUCUACAUCAUCAUGAAGCUGCGCAGUGGCGAGCGGAUCCAGCUCCUUCCCUCCCUCUGUACCCUCGCUGUGUACAUGUGUUUGUGGUGUAACCCUGGUUGUCUCUCCUCAGCUGUGCAGUGGUGAGCGGAUUCAUCUCAUUCCCUCCCUCUGUACCCUCGCUGUGUACAUGUGUUUGUGGUGUAACCCUGGUUGUCUCUCCUCAGCUGUGCAGUGGUGAGCGGAUUCAUCUCAUUCCCUCCCUCUGUACCCUCGCUGUGUACAUGUGUUUGUGGUGUAACCCUGGUUGUCUCUCCUCAGCUGUGCAGUGGCGAGCGGAUUCAUCUCAUUCCCUCCCUCUGUAUCCUCGCUGUGUACAUGUGUUUGUGGUGUAACCCUGGUUGUCUCUCCUCAGCUGCGCAGUGGCGAGCGGAUCCAGCUCCUUCCCUCCCUCUGUACCCUCGCUGUGUACAUGUGUUUGUGGUGUAACCCUGGUUGUCUCUCCUCAGCUGUGCAGUGGCGAGCGGAUUCAUCUCAUUCCCUCCCUCUGUAUCCUCGCUGUGUACAUGUGUUUGUGGUGUAACCCUGGUUGUCUCUCCUCAGCUGCGCAGUGGCGAGCGGAUCCAGCUCCUUCCCUCCCUCUGUAUCCUCGCUGUGUACAUGUGUUUGUGGUGUAACCCUGGUUGUCUCUCCUCAGCUGCGCAGUGGCGAGCGGAUCCAGCUCCUUCCCUCCCUCUGUACCCUCGCUGUGUACAUGUGUUUGUGGUGUAACCCUGGUUGUCUCUCCUCAGCUGUGCAGUGGCGAGCGGAUCCAGCUCCUUCCCUCCCUCUGUAUCCUCGCUGUGUACAUGUGUUUGUGGUGUAACCCUGGUUGUCUCUCCUCAGCUGCGCAGUGGCGAGCGGAUCCAGCUCCUUCCCUCCCUCUGUACCCUCGCUGUGUACAUGUGUUUGUGGUGUAACCCUGGUUGUCUCUCCUUAGCUGCGCAGUGGCGAGCGGAUUCAUCUCAUUCCCUCCCUCUGUACCCUCGCUGUGUACAUGUGUUUGUGGUGUAACCCUGGUUGUCUCUCCUCAGCUGCGCAGUGGCGAGCGGAUCCAGCUCCUUCCCUCCCUCUGUACCCUCGCUGUGUACAUGUGUUUGUGGUGUAACCCUGGUUGUCUCUCCUCAGCUGCGCAGUGGCGAGCGGAUCCAGCUCCUUCCCUCCCUCUGUACCCUCGCUGUGUACAUGUGUUUGUGGUGUAACCCUGGUUGUCUCUCCUCAGCUGCGCAGUGGCGAGCGGAUCCAGCUCCUUCCCUCCCUCUGUACCCUCGCUGUGUACAUGUGUUUGUGGUGUAACCCUGGUUGUCUCUCCUUAGCUGCGCAGUGGCGAGCGGAUUCAUCUCAUUCCCUCCCUCUGUACCCUCGCUGUGUACAUGUGUUUGUGGUGUAACCCUGGUUGUCUCUCCUCAGCUGUGCAGUGGCGAGCGGAUUCAUCUCAUUCCCUCCCUCUGUACCCUCGCUGUGUACAUGUGUUUGUGUUGUAACCCUGGUUGUCUCUCCUCAGCUGCGCAGUGGCGAGCGGAUUCAUCUCAUUCCCUCCCUCUGUACCCUCGCUGUGUACAUGUGUUUGUGGUGUAACCCUGGUUGUCUCUCCUCAGCUGUGCAGUGGCGAGCGGAUCCAGCUCCUUCCCUCCCUCUGUACCCUCGCUGUGUACAUGUGUUUGUGGUGUAACCCUGGUUGUCUCUCCUCAGCUGCGCAGUGGCGAGCGGAUCCAGCUCCUUCCCUCCCUCUGUAUCCUCGCUGUGUACAUGUGUUUGUGGUGCAACCCUGGUUGUCUCUCCUCAGCUGCGCAGUGGCGAGCGGAUCCAGCUCAUUCCCUCCCUCUGUACCCUCGCUGUGUACAUGUGUUUGUGGUGUAACCCUGGUUGUCUCUCCUCAGCUGCGCAGUGGCGAGCGGAUCCAGCUCCUUCCCUCCCUCUGUACCCUCGCUGUGUACAUGUGUUUGUGGUGUAACCCUGGUUGUCUCUCCUCAGCUGCGCAGUGGCGAGCGGAUCCAGCUCCUUCCCUCCCUCUGUACCCUCGCUGUGUACAUGUGUUUGUGGUGUAACCCUGGUUGUCUCUCCUCAGCUGCGCAGUGGCGAGCGGAUCCAGCUCCUUCCCUCCCUCUGUAUCCUCGCUGUGUACAUGUGUUUGUGGUGUAACCCUGGUUGUCUCUCCUCAGCUGCGCAGUGGCGAGCGGAUCCAGCUCCUUCCCUCCCUCUGUACCCUCGCUGUGUACAUGUGUUUGUGGUGUAACCCUGGUUGUCUCUCCUUAGCUGCGCAGUGGCGAGCGGAUUCAUCUCAUUCCCUCCCUCUGUACCCUCGCUGUGUACAUGUGUUUGUGGUGUAACCCUGGUUGUCUCUCCUCAGCUGCGCAGUGGCGAGCGGAUCCAGCUCCUUCCCUCCCUCUGUACCCUCGCUGUGUACAUGUGUUUGUGGUGUAACCCUGGUUGUCUCUCCUCAGCUGCGCAGUGGCGAGCGGAUCCAGCUCCUUCCCUCCCUCUGUACCCUCGCUGUGUACAUGUGUUUGUGGUGUAACCCUGGUUGUCUCUCCUCAGCUGCGCAGUGGCGAGCGGAUUCAUCUCAUUCCCUCCCUCUGUACCCUCGCUGUGUACAUGUGUUUGUGGUGUAACCCUGGUUGUCUCUCCUCAGCUGCGCAGUGGCGAGCGGAUCCAGCUCCUUCCCUCCCUCUGUACCCUCGCUGUGUACAUGUGUUUGUGGUGUAACCCUGGUUGUCUCUCCUCAGCUGCGCAGUGGCGAGCGGAUCCAGCUCCUUCCCUCCCUCUGUACCCUCGCUGUGUACAUGUGUUUGUGGUGUAACCCUGGUUGUCUCUCCUCAGCUGCGCAGUGGCGAGCGGAUUCAUCUCAUUCCCUCCCUCUGUACCCUCGCUGUGUACAUGUGUUUGUGGUGUAACCCUGGUUGUCUCUCCUUAGCUGCGCAGUGGCGAGCGGAUCCAGCUCCUUCCCUCCCUCUGUACCCUUGCUGUGUACAUGUGUUUGUGGUGUAACCCUGGUUGUCUCUCCUCAGCUGCGCAGUGGCGAGCGGAUCCAGCUCCUUCCCUCCCUCUGUACCCUCGCUGUGUACAUGUGUUUGUGGUGUAACCCUGGUUGUCUCUCCUCAGCUGCGCAGUGGCGAGCGGAUCCAGCUCCUUCCCUCCCUCUGUAUCCUCGCUGUGUACAUGUGUUUGUGGUGUAACCCUGGUUGUCUCUCCUCAGCUGCGCAGUGGCGAGCGGAUCCAGCUCCUUCCCUCCCUCUGUACCCUCGCUGUGUACAUGUGUUUGUGGUGUAACCCUGGUUGUCUCUCCUUAGCUGCGCAGUGGCGAGCGGAUUCAUCUCAUUCCCUCCCUCUGUACCCUCGCUGUGUACAUGUGUUUGUGGUGUAACCCUGGUUGUCUCUCCUCAGCUGCGCAGUGGCGAGCGGAUCCAGCUCCUUCCCUCCCUCUGUACCCUCGCUGUGUACAUGUGUUUGUGGUGUAACCCUGGUUGUCUCUCCUCAGCUGCGCAGUGGCGAGCGGAUCCAGCUCCUUCCCUCCCUCUGUACCCUCGCUGUGUACAUGUGUUUGUGGUGUAACCCUGGUUGUCUCUCCUCAGCUGCGCAGUGGCGAGCGGAUUCAUCUCAUUCCCUCCCUCUGUACCCUCGCUGUGUACAUGUGUUUGUGGUGUAACCCUGGUUGUCUCUCCUCAGCUGCGCAGUGGCGAGCGGAUCCAGCUCCUUCCCUCCCUCUGUACCCUCGCUGUGUACAUGUGUUUGUGGUGUAACCCUGGUUGUCUCUCCUCAGCUGCGCAGUGGCGAGCGGAUCCAGCUCCUUCCCUCCCUCUGUACCCUCGCUGUGUACAUGUGUUUGUGGUGUAACCCUGGUUGUCUCUCCUCAGCUGCGCAGUGGCGAGCGGAUCCAUCUCAUUCCCUCCCUCUGUACCCUCGCUGUGUACAUGUGUUUGUGGUGUAACCCUGGUUGUCUCUCCUUAGCUGCGCAGUGGCGAGCGGAUCCAGCUCCUUCCCUCCCUCUGUACCCUCGCUGUGUACAUGUGUUUGUGGUGUAACCCUGGUUGUCUCUCCUCAGCUGCGCAGUGGCGAGCGGAUCCAGCUCCUUCCCUCCCUCUGUACCCUCGCUGUGUACAUGUGUUUGUGGUGUAACCCUGGUUGUCUCUCCUCAGCUGCGCAGUGGCGAGCGGAUCCAGCUCCUUCCCUCCCUCUGUACCCUCGCUGUGUACAUGUGUUUGUGGUGUAACCCUGGUUGUCUCUCCUCAGCUGCGCAGUGGCGAGCGGAUCCAGCUCCUUCCCUCCCUCUGUACCCUCGCUGUGUACAUGUGUUUGUGGUGUAACCCUGGUUGUCUCUCCUCAGCUGCGCAGUGGCGAGCGGAUCCAGCUCCUUCCCUCCCUCUGUACCCUCGCUGUGUACAUGUGUUUGUGGUGUAACCCUGGUUGUCUCUCCUCAGCUGCGCAGUGGCGAGCGGAUCCAGCUCCUUCCCUCCCUCUGUACCCUCGCUGUGUACAUGUGUUUGUGGUGUAACCCUGGUUGUCUCUCCUCAGCUGCGCAGUGGCGAGCGGAUCCAGCUCCUUCCCUCCCUCUGUACCCUCGCUGUGUACAUGUGUUUGUGGUGUAACCCUGGUUGUCUCUCCUCAGCUGCGCAGUGGCGAGCGGAUCCAGCUCCUUCCCUCCCUCUGUACCCUCGCUGUGUACAUGUGUUUGUGGUGUAACCCUGGUUGUCUCUCCUCAGCUGCGCAGUGGCGAGCGGAUCCAGCUCCUUCCCUCCCUCUGUACCCUCGCUGUGUACAUGUGUUUGUGGUGUAACCCUGGUUGUCUCUCCUUAGCUGCGCAGUGGCGAGCGGAUCCAGCUCCUUCCCUCCCUCUGUACCCUCGCUGUGUACAUGUGUUUGUGGUGUAACCCUGGUUGUCUCUCCUCAGCUGCGCAGUGGCGAGCGGAUCCAGCUCCUUCCCUCCCUCUGUACCCUCGCUGUGUACAUGUGUUUGUGGUGUAACCCUGGUUGUCUCUCCUCAGCUGCGCAGUGGCGAGCGGAUCCAGCUCCUUCCCUCCCUCUGUACCCUCGCUGUGUACAUGUGUUUGUGGUGUAACCCUGGUUGUCUCUCCUCAGCUGCGCAGUGGCGAGCGGAUCCAGCUCCUUCCCUCCCUCUGUACCCUCGCUGUGUACAUGUGUUUGUGGUGUAACCCUGGUUGUCUCUCCUCAGCUGCGCAGUGGCGAGCGGAUCCAGCUCCUUCCCUCCCUCUGUACCCUCGCUGUGUACAUGUGUUUGUGGUGUAACCCUGGUUGUCUCUCCUCAGCUGCGCAGUGGCGAGCGGAUCCAGCUCCUUCCCUCCCUCUGUACCCUCGCUGUGUACAUGUGUUUGUGGUGUAACCCUGGUUGUCUCUCCUCAGCUGCGCAGUGGCGAGCGGAUCCAGCUCCUUCCCUCCCUCUGUACCCUCGCUGUGUACAUGUGUUUGUGGUGUAACCCUGGUUGUCUCUCCUCAGCUGCGCAGUGGCGAGCGGAUCCAGCUCCUUCCCUCCCUCUGUA